GCUUUGUUAUUAAUUUAUCAUUUGCAAUUUUCACCUAAAUAAUCCAAGUUUACUGUUUAAAAGUUAUAUUUUUAGUGUAAAUUAUAAAAGAAUUAAAGGUCUGAAGCAAUUUACAACGUAAUUAUGUGACGAUAAAAACAUUAAACCUUAUCAGUGUUCGCGCGGGAACUGUAGUUUGUUUAGUUUUAAACGUUUAUUUUUGUUGCAAAAAUGUCUUCACCGAUCCAAAUAUCCGAUGAUGACGAGAGUUUCGACCAAGUAGACUGUGAUAAUCGUCAGACAACGAGAGAUAUUCAAGAAAUGGUGGAUAUCAGCAGCGAUGAUGGCACGGACUGCGAGAUUUCAGAUGACGAUGCUCUUCCCGCUGUGAAUUUACGCGGACCUCGGGAGAUUUCUAGGAGCGCUGUAAUAAGAAAUAUAUUUCCUACAAAACCUCAAAGUAAUGCCAUUGGAAAUGCACCUUCAACCUCGACCAGGGUUCCGGAACAUGUCGCGACAAGUUCGGGAUUGGCGCCCCAGCGCACCGAGCCCAAAAUAGCCGGCACAGUGAGAAGUAUAGGUGGAGUCCCAGUACGAAUGCCCGUGGAGCCUUACGGUUGUCAAGUUGCUCUUAUGGCCAAGGUGAUAACAGCAAUCAAGCAGAGAAAAAACUGCUUACUGGAGAGUCCAACGGGGUCCGGCAAGACAUUGGCGUUGCUGUGUGGAGCCCUAGCUUGGCAACAACACGAGACAGACACCAUCGCCCAGUCGCAAGCGCAGCAGUUGGUACAGCAACAUCCAGAGCUACAUCAAGUAUCUGGCGCCGCGACCUACAUCGCCUCCCCGCCUAACAAGCAGUUCACUCCGGAGAAGCUCUUCGCUAACACUGUCUUUGGUGAGAGGAGUAUCUACGACAAGCCACACCACAACAGUGAUGGUACCAACAAGCGACCGGAACCUCUGAAUGACCCCGAUUGUAGUGGUGCAGGAUCAUCUUACAACGACGAAGUGAAGAUCCACAAGCGACGUCGUCUUAACGGCAGCGGCGACGGCUCCAACACUAACAGCCCCAGCAAGCUGGCUGCGGACACCACUCCUCAGAAACUGGUUGCGGUCACUCCUGAAAAGACUAUCAACCCGGUAGAUGCUGGAACCCCUCCUAAUGUUCGGGCGCUGUACCACCUGGUGGAUCAGCUCCAACUCAGGACAUCCAUGACCGUUAAUUGCAGAGUGCCAAUCAUAUACUACGGAGCCAGGACUCAUAAGCAGCUGCAGCAAGUUAUCAAGGAGUUCAGCAGAACGGCCUAUUGCGGGUCCGCGAAGAUGAGCAUAUUGUCCAGCAGGGAUUACAGCUGUAUAAGGGAGUUUGACAGGAACCUUUGGACCUCUAAAAAUGAUAUGUGCCGGGGAUGUAUAAAGGGAGAAGUUCCGCUCACGGACAACUCUUCGAUGCAAACUUCAGCCAGGAAGAAAGGGGAGAGCAACUGCAAAUACUUUGACAACAAACUGGCGUUGACCCACGACCAGCUGGGGCCGGCCUUUGACCUCGAGGAUUUGCUAGCCGCUGGUCGAGAGAAGGACGCGUGUCCAUACUACGCUGCCAGGGCCAUGGCCAUGAAUGCACAGAUCGUCUUCUGCCCCUACAACUACCUCAUCGAGCCCAGCAUCAGGAGUGCCAUGCAAAUCGACUUGAAGGACAACAUCCUGAUCAUCGAUGAGGCGCACAACAUCGAGGACAUCUGCCGCGACGCUGCCUCCUUCACCAUCACACAGGAGAACAUCCAGGCCUGCAUUCUGGAGUUGGAAAUAGCAACCAAAUAUCGCUACGCCAACCAAGACGCUAUGAGCUACUUCGAUUAUUUGCUCAACGCUCUUAAAAACUGGGAUCAGUGGUUCGUGAACCAGCAACCAUGGGUUAUCAACAAGCCGGUAAACUUCAACGAAGCUGUGCAUACUUGGGAGGUGGAGGAAUUCACGCAGACCCUCAACCACCACAACAUCGGGGAGAAGCAGUAUCCAGAGUUCACAAAUGCAGCGGAGGUCCUCUGCCGCCGUCUGCGUGAGAACCCGCAGGCGCUGAAAGGGGUUACACAGACCACCGGCACACUCAUAGAGUCUCUCGACACUGUACUUGGUUAUGUGUUCCGGGAGCAAGGCAAAUACAAGGAUGACUUCAAGCCGGCACUCGUGCGCACCGUGCAGGGCAAAACGGAGCGACACGACGCCCGCGCCGGUCUGUGGAGGACCUCGGAGUUCAAUAAUAGCAAUCGGCGGGGCUGGGUGGAGAAGGCAAGCUUAUCCUUACGCCUGGUAUGCCUGAACCCUGGUAUAGUUUUCGCGGGUUUAAAGUCGGCGCGCUGCAUCGUGCUCUCUUCAGGCACGCUCACACCGCUAAUCUCACUGCACUCGGAGCUCGACACUCACUUCCCGCUGUGCGUGAGCCCCAAACACGUCAUACCGCAAGAUCGGAUAUGGAUAGGCACACUGACAACAUGCCCGGAUGGGCAGCCGCUGGAGUGUACCAAUAACCGCACCCGCCUGCCCGCCCUGCAGGACGCGCUGGGCGCGAGCAUCCUGUGGGUGAGCCAGGUCACGCCGCACGGCGUGCUGUGCUUCCUGCCUUCAUACCAGCUCAUGACGACCCUGCAUACCAGGUGGCAAGAAACAGGUCUGUGGCGGAAGUUAUGCGACAUCAAACACGUGUUCAUGGAGAGUAGGAACGUUAGAGAUCACAACGACAAUAUGGAUGACUAUUACAAGUACGUGGGCACGAGUAAGGGCGCGCUGCUGUUCGCCGUGUACCGCGGGAAGGUGUCCGAGGGUAUGGACUUCAAGGACCACCAGGCCCGAGCCGUCAUCACGGUGGGGGUACCAUUCCCGAACAUGUUCGACAUGUCUGUGAAGGAGAAGAUGAAGUACAACGACAAGUACAGCAGCACACGAGGUCUCCUGUCCAGCCGGGAGUGGCUGAGGGUGCAGGCGUAUAGAGCCCUGAACCAGGCGGUGGGGCGCUGCGUGCGGCACCGCAACGACUGGGGCGCCGUGCUGCUGGCCGACUCACGCUUCGCCAACCCAUACUACACGGAACAUCUCUCCAAAUGGGUGCGCAGCUUUCUGGGCACCAACCACCACACGUACGAGAGUCUAGUCAACAGCCCCAACAGUCUGGAGAGCUUCAUGCAGAAUAUGACCAUCAGGGAGAACGAGGAGGAACAGGGAUAGGAGAUACAAUACGUACCUACAUGAAUCAGAGUGGGAAGGUAACCUGCAAAGAGCCUAGGCAAAUUGCAAACGAUUCGAUCUGACGAAUGUAAUAAACGUUAAUACGUUUAAUGAAAUAUUAGCAUAGAAUAAUGACUAACAGCCUUCGUAGUGCAGUGAUUAAGCUUUAGAUUUACGAUCCAGAGGACCCAGGUGCGAAUCCCGGUGGGGACACAUCACAAAAAUCACUCUGUGAUCCCUAGUUUGGUUAGUAAGAUAAUUCCAUGCUUCGGAAGGCACGUUCAGCCGUUGGUCCCGAGCUACUAGCCCAAACGCCUCCACUGGACCAACAUGGUGGAGUAUGAGAAAGAGAAAAUUAAAUCGAAAAAAUCUGACUCAAACGGGAAUUGAACCCGGGUGAGUACUAUAAAAACAAAAAUCCAUUAUGGUGGACUAAGUAUGUUCGCAAAGGAGGCCUUUUUGACGCGACUUCUUGUAGAUUUGCCGCAGAUGGCAUUAACUACCUACUUGGUCGGGCAAAUGGGGAGCGCUGAGGACGACUGAAUUCUUUAUAAAUUGACAAUUCAUGUUUGGAUCUUAGAUAAUUGAUAUCACUUGGUUUCCAGGAUUUGUGCCCGGUUAAUUCACUUAAUUUUCAAUAAUAAAAUAUACGUCCUUGGAGUGUUGGAGAUACCAAUAUAAUGGCAACACUAGCUAGCAAUAGCGGCUUGUCAUAGGAUUGAGCGUCAUCAUCAUGUCGUCCAAACCAUAUCCAGCGACGGCGACUCCUAAAUAUCUAUCCCGGGUCGUUGUUGUGGUGGGCUCUGAUGUGGCUGGCGAAACCGAACUUCGACUUGAAGGUCCGGUCACACGGCACACAAUAAAGCUGGCCUAACGAAUUUUGUGUGUAGUUAUAGGAGGGUUUUGGCCGAGUCUUCCGUAUUUGGCGCUUUGCGUCGAGAUCUUGUAAACGCUUUUCUUCAAAUAAAUUCACGCUAUUGUGAACGAUGCGGCGCCAUUCCGGUCUAAGACGAGCACGAUCCUCCCAACUAACAGUUGGUAUCUCCCAUGCCACGAGAUUGCGUUGGUUGUUGUAGGAUUGAGCAUACCUAGUCUUCUUAUAAGAAGAAGUAUAAUACCAUAAUGUAUAUAACGAUUCGUCCGAUCGAAACGUUUGCAACUCUGCUAGGCAUAGUCAGUGUACUUAAGAAGACUGAAAAGAAUGUCUACUCCAGCAGUGCCACCUCUAGUUUUUAAUCUGACUACGUGAUCUUCUAAUCCUUUUAUCCCCUGUUGGCAUGCUCGAAUAACAGAUUUCCACUCCUCGCGACCUUUUGCAGCCUCUUUAGCUGGGUGGGAUUACGUGAUAUAACUAUGAAUAACGUAAACGUAUAAUAAACCGUAAACACGUAAUUGUUAUUUACGUAACUAUCACAUAAUCUAAUACAGGAUGUUAGUGUCAUCGUAACGAAAACUUUAAAGGAUGCUUCAGACCAUGAUUCUUAGUUGAUAUCAAGUGGAAUUUUCCGUCGUAAUUUUUCUUUUUAAAUAUUUUAAAUUCUAUACUUUUGCGAUGGAAAAUUCCACUUGAUAAUAUUUUAGAAUAAUGAGCCAAAUCUUCCCCCUCAGCAUUCGUUACGAUGUCACUUACACCCCGUAAUAAAUACGUACAGGUAGCCAUACAAGUAUGUAUGGUGUUAGUGACACCGUAACGAAUACUGAUGGGGAUGAUUCAAACCUUGCUUCUGAGUUGAUAUCAAGCGCAAUUUCCUGUCGGAGAAUUCAUGAAAACUUUAGUGUUAUUUUAAAUUAUUUUCAGUUCCAUACUUUUGCAAUCGAAAAUUCCACUUGAUAUCAACUCAGAAUCAUGAUCUGAAGCAUCCCUUAAAGUUUUCGUUACGAUGUCACUAACACCAUUUAUAUUGCUCUGCUGGUAUAAACAAACAAAAUGGCGGAAUCGAGUCAUGUUUGGGGCUGAUAAUGAUGUAUAGUUAACAUACAUACAUACAUAAACUCACGCCUAUUUCCCACCGGGGUAAGCAGAGACUAUAGAAUUCCAUUUGCAAUAUAAAUAUAUAUAUAUAUUUUUAUAUUUGCAUUUGCAUGUAUAGUUAAGUUCUAUGUAAUAGAACUGUAAAAGUUGCUAAAGUAAUUAAGGGUGCCUUUGUAUUAUGUCAAUCAAUAAUUAUAAUGUAUUUUUGUAAUAAAAUAAAUAAUUGAUUGUUAAUAAAUGUAUUUGGACUU